CAACAAGGAACUUGGCACUUCGGGUUGUGGUGCUUUUCAUUGUUUUUUGGAGCGUUGACGUUGAUUAACAUUGAAAGUGUAAUGUGUUUUAUUACUUCUGUUGAGUGACUUGUUCUAACGUCGUGCGGGUUUUUGAUUUGAGCCUUAUUAUGGCGGUGAAUUGGGUCGAGAGGAUCUCCGUGUUCUCCAGCAGCCCGUCUCGCUUCCUCUCUGUUAACACAGCUGAGGCUUUCCUCGCCGAGCUGCUCCGUGAGCUCCGAGAUGACAGAGCCAGCUACAGUGUCAAGGUUGUCCUGUUGUCCCCCAUAUGUGACUACCCUACUCUGCUGUGUCCUUCAGACCCAGAAGGAGAGGAGACAGCCCUGGAGCUUAUGUCUGUGUUCGCCCAGUGUCCUUCCAAAUAUGUCAAGUUCCGUUCGAAACUUCUCCUGGCCCUUACCUCUGUUCUCAUUUGCACACAUUGUGUAAAUAAUCGAUCCCGGGCUUCUCAAGAUUUUGUAGACCUGUUGCUCCAGGUAGCUGAAGAUACCAGUGACCUCCAAGGAGAUGGUACUCUAUGCACUCUACGGGAAACAGCCUGUGAGUGCCUGCAGGAGCUGGAGGCCUGCUCUCCAGGCCUUCUGUCCCAGCACUUGGAGCUAAUGGGUGGGCUACGUCAGCGAGAAGGCUCCUGGCUCCACCAGGCGUAUGCUGGACUCCACACUCUGGUGCUCAGAAAUGCUGUGUUUCAGCUCACACAGGAGGCUGGAGCUGGUGCAGAGCAUCUUAAGGCUCUUCUGGGAGGAAAUACUACUUUUGCAUGGGAAGCAGAACAGGACUCAAGCCUGAUGAAAAAGAAAGACUCCGUGUGUUCUCUUAUCUUGGGGCCUAUGGGUACAGUUCCCACCCUCCAGACAGGGCCGGAUUGUAAGGAGUUACGUUCAGUGUUGUCCUCUCUCCUGGAGGAGUCAUACCUUCUUACUCCAAUGUGCCAAGCUUCACUGCUCUAUAGGCUGACAGAGGUGGUUGCUAUGGUGCCUGGUAUUCCUCCAUCUGUAUUCAGAACUCAGCUGCUGCGACUGCUAGGCACAAGUGAGGUCUGCCUCCUUCACUCCACUCUUCUGAUGAAGUGUGCAUUCACAGACAGCCUUUUCAGCGCUGAAGACGAAGCUUUUAUCCUUAAGCGGUUGGUUGUUCUUUCCCAGCACCCACUGGUAAGCGUACCAGAGAAGUUGUUCUACAUGGACUGCAUCCUGCACUUUCCAGAGAACCGGCCAAUCAGCUGUAGUGAUGGAGACGAGACCCUCCCAGUGCUGCUGACUCCUAGGCUCGCCUCGGCUCUGUUGCCCACCGUCUUUAAUGACAGCACCACCAUGCUGGCCCGCCUCAAUCUGUUGUCUCUGGUCUACUUGGAGGAGGGGGAGGAAGGGGAGGGGGUGGAAGGUGGAGGGCUAGCUUACCUCUACAAACAUCUAAACUCACUGCUGCACAUUGUGGAACAUGGAGGCAGCUGGGAGAUUGUCAUCACUUUCUUUAGGGCCACCUUCCUCUUCCUUUUGUACUUUAGCCACUUGGAGUGCUAUGCUAACAGCCUGACAGAGAAGCUAUGUAAACUCUACAUUCGCCACACACAUCUGGCUCCACAACUAAUCGCCCUGGCUGACCGGACCCAGGACAAACUCCCUGAAUUCAGUUGGGCUGUUGGGCUCCUAAAGGCACUUCAGGGAGUCAUCACCAGGAACCCUCUCACCAAAGUCAACUCUGCGGAUCUUCUCCAGCACCUUAAAAUGCUUGCCCGGGUGGCAGAAGAAGGAGAAAUCCAGCAACAAAACACCCUAAACUUCCUUGCCAGAGUCAUCACUCCAUCUCCUGCCUCAUUCUGUGUAAGCGGGAACUGGCGUCUUGGGAACAGUCUGCUGGUGAUUUGUCGCCACCUCCUUGACCACCCCAGCCUGGACUCUCUGCUCACUCCUCUGGCUGAUAUUCUGCAGCAUCUCGCCUGCAACUAUGAUAACACAGACAUCCAGGACAAAGCCCGCCUAUACUACACCUUUCUGACCACACUGUCAAGGGAAAAGCUGACCAGUGUUUUGGCCCAGGGUUUGACUGAGGGUGGGCGGCAGGUAAAGAAGAGAACACUGUCCUCCAUCAUGGCUGAAAGUGAAGGACUGACAAGUGCAUUAACCAUCCACCAGACAGAGAAAGCAAUAGUUAUGCUGGUUGAGACCAAAUCUGAGCCAUCAGAGGCAGCACAAACAGAUAUAGGAAGUGAACAGGAUAAGAAAGAGAACUGUCCAACCACAGCGCUGAAGACCUACAGAGCUCAGUUUGAUGAGCCUGGCUUUAUCGCUGAUGUAACCUUAAACUACCAGCUGACUCAUAUAGACACAGGCGAUUCUCGCUUCAAUCAGCUCUUCAGCAUUUGUCUCCACUUCACCCUCACAGAUGACCACUAUGAGAAGCUGAAUGAUAUCAGCGUCCCAUGUCUGUUUAGAGAAAGAUUGGCACCCAUUGUGAGGCUAAGACUGAGACCCAGGCGCCCUUACCCAACCAUCCUCAAAGCCAGCGCCAUCUUUACCACCCAGGACGGGCUCUCCUGGCUCACUGUGCUGCCUGAUAUCCAUGUGGCUUUUGAGCAGAUCUUCCUACCUCCACCAUUCCCCCCAGCCUGGGGACAAGGUGACAAACUGAGCUUAUUUGAGAGUUUAUGGGAGGAAAUAAAGUCUGAGAGGAGAAAGAAUGACCUAACAGGCUGUUCCACCAGCCUGUUCUGCUGCCAGCUGAAGCAGGAUGCUCUGAUUGCCUUGGUGAAGGAACAUUUCCGUCCCUUCCUUUUAUCACAGUCUGAUGAAGGAGAAUUCAAAGUGCUUUUCUUUCCCCCGCCACAAUCUCACGUAUUCUUUAAGAUCAGAUCUGAGGAAGAUGCUGUCCACUUUCACAUUGCCACAGACAACUGGCAGCUUCUGCCUCACCUAAGUUCUUAUCUGCUAAGAAUCACAGCCUCACAAAAGACACUCUGACUGUAAAGCAUGACACUGGCUUGUUUUUAAUCCGCACUUGACUUUAACAAAACCAACCUCUUCUCUGUCCAUUAACUUCUAUAAUGCCUAAAACUAUGUUGCUGAAACCAGAUGAUUUAAAAUAAGGGUAUUGCACUGUAAUCUGUUGUUAUUGUAAUUAAACUCUUGCUUUUUAAAAUUUUGAUGUUUUAGUAAAUAAUUUUCCAAUUAGCUGAAAAGCCUACAUAUAAUAGGCUACUGUGUAUAAUUUAAAGACCAAAAAGUACUCGGUUGCAUGAUUCAUAACUUGAUCAAUAUUGCUUUUCCCUUGUAAUUCAUUUAAAUCUUUGUAUAGCGCCGAUUCAUGUCCAAAGUCAUCACAACACACUUUACA